UCCCUUCAUACCCGGAAGCAGGUCACCCGCAGCGAAGGUCGCACCGUAGCGCGAUUGACUUCUAAAGACUCAUGUUACCUGUGGAAGAAACCCAGAAGAGGAGGAGGAGAAAAGAAAAGGAGUCAAGAAUGACUCCUACUCAGAGUCCUUUGACAUUCAGGGAUGUGGCCAUUGAAUUCUCUCAGGAGGAGUGGAAAUGCCUGGACUCUGCUCAGAGGGCUUUAUAUAAGAACGUGAUGUUGGAGAACUACAGGAACCUAGUCUCCCUGGGAAUCUUUCUUCCUGACCUGAGUGUUAUCUCCAUGUUGGAGCAAGGGAAAGAGCCCUGGAGUAUGGAGAGCAAAGUGGAAAUAGCAAGAAAACCUAAAGGGUGGGAAUGGAUCAAAGCUGUGAACACAGAUAUCAUUUCUAAAUGUGUGAUCAGAGAAUUACUACCAACAGAAAAGAGUAGUACAGAAGAAAUAUUUCAAGCAAUGAUGUUGGAAAGAUAUGAAAGUCAUGAUAGAGAACAUUUUUCCUUCAGUGAAGUUAAGAAAAAUAUAAGUGACUUUGAGUUUCAGUGGAGAGAUGAUAAAAGGAAUUAUAAGGGAGUCCCUAUGACCUAUCAAAAAAAUCUCACUGUUAGAAGAUAUCAACAUGGUGGAGUGGAUGCAGGAAACAAGCCUCUUGAAAAUAAACUUGGAUUAAGCUUUCAGUCACAUCUGGCUGAACUGCAGAAAUUUCAGACUGAAGGGAAAAUUUAUGAAUGUAAUCUAAUUGAGAAGACAGUCAACAGUGGUUCCUCAGUUUCACCACUCAAAAGAAUUCUUCCUAGUGUUCGCACCAUUUCUAAUAAAUAUGGGAAUGAUUUUUUGCAUUCUUUAUUACUCACACAAGUCCAUAAACGACACAUUAGUGAAAAACCUUACAAAUGUAAUGAAUGUGGCAAAGCCUUUAAUUUGUCUUCAAGCCUUACUAACCAUAAGGUAAUACAUACUGUGGAGAAACCUUACAAAUGUAAUGAGUGUGGCAAAUGCUUUAAUCGGGCUUCACUCCUCAGUGUACAUCAGAUAAUCCAUACAGGAGAGAAACCAUAUCAAUGUGAUGUAUGUGGUAAGGUCUUCAGUCAAAAUUCACAUCUUGCAACUCACCGGAGAAUUCAUACUGGAGAGAAACCAUACAAAUGUAAUGAGUGUGGCAAGGCCUUUAUUCAAAGUUCCAAUCUUGCAAUUCAUCAGAAAACUCAUACUGGAGAAAAACCUUACAAAUGUAAUGAGUGUGGCAAAGCCUUUAAGCGGGGUUCAUUUCUCACUGCACAUCAGAUAACCCAUACUGGAGAGAAACCAUAUCAAUGUGAUGUAUGUGGCAAGGUCUUCAGUCAAAAUUCACAUCUUGCAACUCACCGGAGAACUCAUACUGGAGAGAAACCAUAUAAAUGUAAUGAGUGUGGCAAGGUCUUUAGUCAAAAUUCACACCUUGCAAAUCAUCAUAAAACUCAUACUGGAGAGAAACCUUACAGAUGUAAUGAGUGUGGCAAAGCCUUUAAUCUUAGCUCAUUACUCAGUAGACAUCAGAUAGUCCAUACUAGAGAGAAACCAUAUAAAUGUGAUGUAUGUAGUAAGGUCUUUAGUUCAAAUUCAAGUCUUGCUGUUCAUCAGAGAAUUCAUACUGGAGAGAAACCUUACAAAUGUAAUGAAUGUGGCAAAGCCUUUAUUCAAAGUUCCCACCUUGCAAAUCAUCGGAGCAUUCAUACAGGAGAAAAACCUCACAAAUGUAAUGUUUGUGGCAAAACUUUUAAUUGGUUCUCACUCCUCACUAUACAUCAGAUAAUACAUACUGGAGAAAAACCAUAUAAGUGUGAUAUUUGUGACAAGGUCUUCAAUUACAGUGCAAACCUUUCAAUUCACCGGAGAAUUCAUACUGGAGAGAAACCCUUCAAAUGUAAUGAAUGUGGUAGGGUCUUCAGUUACUACUCAUGCCUUGCACGUCAUCGGAGAAUUCAUACUGGAGAGAAACCUUACAAAUGUAAUGAGUGUGGCAAAGCCUUUAGUGAGCGUUCAAGCAUUACUAAGCAUCAGAUAAUCCAUACUGGAGAGAAAGCUUACAAAUGUAAUGAUUGUGGUAAAACUUUUCUUCAUAGGGCAAGCCUGGUGUACCACCACAGAAGUCAUACUGGAGAGAAGCCAUACAAAUGUAAUGAAUGUGGCAAAGUCUUCAAUUCCAGUUCAAUCCUUGCAAGUCAUCGUAGAAUUCAUACUGGAGAGAAACCUUACAAAUGCAAUGAAUGUGGCAAGGUCUUUAGUCACCGCUCACCUCUAGCACGUCAUCGGAGUAUUCAUACUGGAGAGAAACCUUACAAAUGUAAUGAGUGUGGUAAAGCCUUUAGAGUGCGUUCAAUCCUGACUAAUCAUAAGUUAACCCAUACUGGAGAAAAACCUUAUAAAUGUAAUGAAUGUGGUAAAACUUUUAUCCAGAAGUCAAGGCUGGUAUGCCAUCAGAGAAGUCAUACUGGAGAGAAGCCAUUCAGAUGUAUUGAAUGUGGCAAGGCCUUUGGGCUGUGGUCCUCCCUCAAAAGACACCAAAGAAUUCAUUCUGGAGAGAAACUUUACAAAUGUAAUAUGUGGCAAAUCCUUUUUUCACCAUUCAGACCUCACUAAACAUCAGAAAAAACAUACUGGAAAGAAUGAUGCACAUAUACUAAAUGUGGCAAGACCUUUAGACAUUCUCCUUAACUCUGGCUUCACCAAAUAAUUGAUACUUGCAUAUGCAGUGAAUAUAGCAAAGUUUUAAACUAGUGCUUACUACUAACUAGACAUAAGAAUAUACAUCCUGGACAGAAACCACAGGCAUAUAAUGUAUGUGGCAAGAAUUUUACCUAAAGGUCAAAACUUGUGGAUCUACAGGGAAUUCAACGUGGAGAGAGACUUUACAAAUGAAUGAAUUUGGCAAAUCCUUUACCAGAGUUAAAUCAUUGCUCCACAAAAGAGAGUUAACUACUGAGGAGAACUGAAAUGUACGUGGCAGUGGCUUUACCCAGGCAUCACAACUCAUUAGACUUCAGAAUAUACAUCUUUGAGAGAAACCACACAAAUGUAUUGUGCAUGCUAUGCUUUAACCACCAGAGAUCAAAAGUGAAACAUUAGAGCAUUCAUAUUGGAGAGGAACCUUACAAAAGUAAUUUGGUAAGGCUUUUUAUCAAACGUUCAUGCCUUUAGGGUCAUGAGAGAAUUUAUACAGCAGAGAAAACAUACGUAAGUGCUGAACGAGGAAUGGCCUUUAAGCAACAUUGUGUCCUCAGGCAUCACCAAAGUAUUCAUACUGGAGAGGAUCCUCACAAAUGUAAUGAAUGUGGGGAAACUUUUUAAUCCUCACAGUGCACUACAUAUCAGAAAUCAUAUAAGGGAUACUAAGUCUACUUCAACAUUGACCUGAAAUACUACAUACUGCAGAAUUACUACAAGUUAAAGU